UAGAUGACAACAAUGAUGAUAAUUGUGUGUUAAUUUGUGGGCAUGAAUAUCAUUAUAAAUGUCUUCAAGACCUACAGUUCAAAUGUCAGCAUUGUCUUCAUUAUUUAUUGAAUGGCAUCAAGUAUUUAGGAAAUUUAUAUAAUGAUAGAUUGGAAAGUUUGGAAAAUACAUCUAUACUAAAUGAGGAGGGGGAUGAGGAAAAUAUUAUAGACAAUGAUGAAAAUAUUGAUCUGGAUAGAGCUGAAGAAUUGAUUUUAACUGAUGAUUUAAAUCUUGAUCAAUCUUUAAGAAACGC